UGGCUUCUCGCACGUACAUACAUACGUACAAUUAUUUCCUUCUCUGUCUGUGCCCCGUGUCCCCGACCUCCAUGUCCUUUCCCAUCCAGCUCCUCGUCUUUGUCGUCCUUCCCUGCGCCCUCCUGCUCUUCUCGCGCAGGCAGCGGGGACGACGUGCACCCCUCCCACCAGGCCCGCCUCGCCUCCCACUCAUCGGGAACCUGCUGGACAUACCCGCGAAGGAGCCAUGGCUCGCGUUUACCGAAAUGCGCGCGAAAUACGGCGACGUGACCUCGCUCACGAUGCCGGGCCGCACCAUCAUCCUCGUACACACCGCGUCCGCGGCCACGUCGAUUCUAAUCCACUCGUCCGCCCUGACCUCCGAGCGCCCGGUGCUGCCCUUGGCCGGCGCGCUGUGCGGGUAUGACACCCAGCUGCCACUGUCGCAGUACACCGCGGAUGGCCCGUGCGCACCGGGCGCCGUCAACAACCGCGUCAAAGCGGAGCGCAAGUGCUUCCACGGGUUCCUCGGCACGCCGGGGGCGGUGGACGCGCUCGUGCCGCGCGUCGUCGAUGAGGUCCGCGACUUCCUGCGCGCGGUGGAGGGGACCGAGGGGGAUGUCAUGCACCACAUAUCGCGUGCCACGAUGAGGUUCAGUCUUCGGAUCGCUUAUGGACAUAAGGCGGACACUGGCACGGCGCCCGACGCGUUCGUGCGCGAAGUGGAGAUCGGGUCAGACAACUUCUUCGAGAUGACGAAGCCGGGCGCGUCUUUCGUCGAUUUGUUUCCGAUCUUGCGCCACUGGCCGUCGUGGCUCCCCGGCGGCGACUUCCACCGGGUCGGCGCGCAAAUCCGCAAGCACCUAGAAUACACCAGAGACAUGGGGAUAACUCUUGUGAAACAGCGCAUGGCGCAUGAGAGCAACGAGCGGUCGUUGGCGUCGUCCAUGAUAGAGACGAAGGAAGACGAGUUUCUGACCACAGUAGCAGCAUUCGCUCUCGGGACAGGAGCCAGUGACACCACGGCAUCGCAGCUCUCCGGAUUCUUCCUCGCGAUGGCACUGAACCCGGACAUCCAGCGUGCGGCCCAAGCAGAGCUCGACGCCGUCGUGGGACGCAGCAGGCUGCCCACGCUCGAGGACCAGUCCAGUCUGCCAUACGUCGAUGCAGUGUGCAAGGAGGUCCUGCGGUGGUUCGUCUCAGCGCCGGCGGGUUGGUCCGUUCCCUCGUUAUUCGCAACUGGUCUGAAACAGGCGCCAGGAUUGCCCCACCGGGCGAAGCAGGAUUUCGUGUACGAGUCGGCGACCGGCCCGAUGCUGAUCCCCAAGGACGCCAUGCUCGUCCCGAACAUCUGGCAACUUGCUCUUGUCUUCCUGAACAUGAACCGGGAUCCGGACCGAUAUGUCAACCCGGACAAGUUCGACCCGACCCGGUUUAUCGCCACGAAGGACAAACCAGCUGAGGAAAAUCCGGCCAAAACGUCUUUCGGAUUUGGACGACGCAUCUGCCCUGGCCGCCUAUUGGCCGAAUCAUCCCUGUUUCUCUUCUGCAGCGCGGUUUUGUCUGUCUUUGACAUCGGAAAAGCGCACGACAGCGAAGGGAAGGAAAUCGACAUCGCGCUCGGAUUCACCACUCAGACGGUCAUGUGA